AAGAAGGGAGACAAUCGAAGAGAGAGGGCACAUGUUUAAUGCGUCUGAUCAGCGGAGAGACAGCAUUGUACGAUCGAACCGGUGGCAGAGAAAACCCCGACUCGUAUUUAGAAGAAAAUCAAUUCAUUGCAGGAGAAUAUGUAGACUCUUUUAGAAGAAAUAGACAGACGUACGCAAUUUUGUUCCCAUGGAAACCAACACAACUGACCAUUCAUCCAUGGUUUGAAACCACGAGAAGACGGUGCCGGACGGUAAUCUGAGUUGGAAUCACAUGCUGCCUUGGAGGUAGUUGACUGACCGUGCUACGCUUGUGCUGUCAUGGAUCUGCUUUGUUUAGAGAAGGGAGUCGCUUGUUGCUGGCAGACGUUGCUCAUCUUUACAAAGGUGUAACAAAUUGUUUAACCCGUCAGGAUUCAUUGCUGGAGGACACAACAGAGGCUCUGGCAGCAUGAGGAAACCUGUGGGUAGAUGCCGGCGGGGUGUGGCGAGAGCGUGGCGCUACCUGGCCCGGAGGUCCAGCAUCAACUUGAUGUUGUGUGGAUGCUGUACGGUGUCACUCAUCAUCAUGGCGGUCAACCUACACGGGUCACAAGAUACAUCAGCUGAUCACGGGGUCAGAGGGCGAUUCCCUGACGUCAUGGGGAUGUUCCGACAGAUGGAAAUACACCAUCAUCCACAGAGCGACCGAGGAUUCCAGAUCAAAGAAGUGAAGAGCGACAACCUGACUUACUACGACCUGUUUCCGGUAGGCCGACGCUUUAUGGCAAGGGAGAAGCAAGUGCAGGACGGGUGUCGGGGACGGGAGACGGAUCUUCUUGGUCUGUCCUCGGAGAAGUGGGCAUUUGAUCGGAUAGAGGUGGACACAGACAGGGGGACUUUGUACUGUCCACUGCUGAAGGUCGGCUCGACUUUCUGGAGAAGAGUUUUCUAUGCAAUGAGACAAAACUCAACAAUAAACACUCCCUAUGACAUCAGCAUCAACAAAGCACUGAUGUCUAAACGGGAGACACUGCACAAGCUACUACCUUUGAAUAGAUCAUCAACACAGCAGUACUUGAAAGAAUCUGUAAAUAUAAUGUUUGUUCGUGAGCCAUUCUCCAGGUUAAUCUCAGGAUACGUGGACAAGCUGUUCGCCCCAAAUCCCUACUUCUGGACUGUCAUCGGCAAGUUCAUCAUAUCAAAUUACAGAAAAAAUCCGAGCCCCCAAAGUCUCCGUUGUGGCCAUGACGUGACGUUCCCAGAGUUCGUGCAAUAUGUGGUGGACACAGAGGCGAGGAAUGACCCCCACAGGGACGCACAUUUCACCCCCACAUAUGACCAGUGCAAGCCCUGUCAGAUUCCCUACAACAUCAUUGGCAAGAUGGAAACAUUCAAGGACGACACUGCUUUUAUACUGAACGCUCUUGGUUAUAAUGUCAGUACAAACUCGCUGAGGCUGUGGUCGUUGAAAGCAGAAGAGGACGCUGUCAUUGACUCAACGCUUAGUCCAUUUGGGUGGAAGAAGAAAAUACAAAAAUGUAUGUCCUUUCACGAGGCAGCAAAACGUAUUUGGCACAAAAUGCAAAUUAGAGGAAUUGUGCGCAAGGAUUACGCGAUGCCCUUUACCGUGAGGAGCCUUAAGACAACAUCCUCCCGUCAAUUUAUCGAAGCUAUGCUAAAAGGGCGGCGUUCACCAGAUGUCCAUGGAUUUCUGAAGAGUCAAAAACAGGAGGUCUUACAGAGAGCGUAUCAACUUGUUCCUCGAGAUGAUCUUGAGCGAAUCAGAAAAUUUUUCAAGCCUGACUUUGAACUAUUUGGAUAUGACAUGUACCCAAAGCAUAUAUUUCCAGAUUAUCCGUCACACACCGGAAAUAAUUGGUUAUUUAAUGUGUCAGGUGUUUGAUGACGUAGCGUGUGUGUGUGUGUGUGUGUGUGUGUGUGUGUGUGUGUGUGUGUGUGUGUGUGUGUGUGUUGUGUGAGCAUGUAACGUGUGUGUUAUUCAUGAGUAAUGAUAGAGCUUGAGAGUGAUGUCAAAGUGUAGAAAACAUUUGUAUGUCUGAAGAAAACGUGAAAUAAAUAAAAAUACAUAGGAAGAGGU